AUGGCAACCCCCGAAAUCGGCUCUUUAACAGCACACUCACCCCAAGAAAGCCAAUUCGUUGGUUCCUCCAGUGGGGUCUUCUUCAUCAACACCGUCCGGCGUGCAUUCGGCUCAACCUCGCGCGAAUUUCCUCAACCAGAGGAUACGCUUGUAGGCAGCGAGGACUCCCUGCAAGACCUGCGCUCAGAUACCCAGGCAAGCGCAGAAGAAACGCCGGUCUCGCAAUGGAAAUACGACCCCUCCAUCGCGUGUGUGCUUGGCCAAGCGCCGCCGCAGCAGCUAGCAAAAGAUCUGAUGAUGGUCUAUUUCAAAGUAUGGCAUCCGCUGUUUCCGUUCUUGCAUGGCCCAACUUUCUUGAGGGCUAUGGAGGGGCUGUAUGGGGAGGGAGCCGAACAGACGGCGGCUGAGGGUGAAGCUGAACGACGAGAGCCUCAGCAGCACCAGCAACAGCAGCAGAACAAGCGUCAUACCUCAACCGCUUGGACAGCGAUCUUUCAAUGCGUCUUCCACCUCGCUAUGUUGAUCACGCCUGAUCUCCCGCUCCCCCCGUCAUGCCGCAUUCAACCCCCCAUAAGCUCCAGCAUCCAUACACUCCUUACCCCUCUUACAGCGCGGCACGAUCUGCUUUCGUUGCAGGCCCUGCUCGCCGCGCAGCUGUACCUGGUGGCAACAAUGUCUCUGCGCACCGCCUCAACUGUGGGAGGGUGUAUGCUGCGCUCAAUGCUGCACGCGGGCCUCCACAGAUGUCCGUUCCGGUACAGGGAGCUUUCAGCCUCUGCCACUUCGCAGCACCGCCAUCUCCGCAAGCGCAUUUUCUGGUCUGCGUACGCGCUCGAUCGCUACUUAAGCCAGGCGCUGGGUUUACCGCUGGGUGUCCAGGACUCGGACAUUGAUGUCUGUCCGCCGGGGGCUCCUGAGGUGCAUAGACCGUUACAGCACCUACCCGUUGCGGGCGCAAACAUGAUAGGGCUCUCGGAAGAAGAGGCAGCAGCCGAAGCUGAGCGAACGAGAAGGGAAACGCCCUUUGCGAGCUACGUCCAGUCUGGCAAAUUAACAGGCGAAGCCCUCGAGCUCUUCCAUAAAUCGAUCUAUGUGCGCUCGGUAUCCCAGACAUCCGUCCUGCUCUUGACGACAUCCGUCCAUAAAUGGUGGAAUGGCCUUGACUUACCACCGCCACCGCCCCCGGCACCACCAUCCUCAUUGGAAACGAGAGAGACUGAAGAAGCCCCCUUCAACUACACCCCCUUUUUCACCAUCCUCUACCACCACCUUCUCCUCCUCCUGCACCGCCCUGCCCUUUCCCUCCCAAAUGGAACGCCCGAGUUCCUCUCCGCACUUCAAUCAUGCAUCUCAGCCGCGCGGCACAUCCUCUCCGCGCUCAACACGCAAAAGGACGCAGGCCAAGCGUUCUUCUGGCCUGGAUUCCUGAGCGCGGCAUGGAUGGCAGGCUUGGUACUCGCUUUCGCGUGUCAGUUAGGACAGUAUGUGCUGCCCAAGGGUUGUGCAGAAAUUGAGAAUUGUCUUGAGAUCUUGGGGAUUAUGGCCGGGCAGUGGGAGCCGGCCAGACACUGCCAGCGCGCUUUGAGGGUGCUUCUUAAGGCUGUUUCUGGUGGGUCUAGUGUAACUGCUAGUAAUGGCACUGCAGGCAUAGAGAAUUCGAAUGAAAUGGCCACUAUCGGCCACGGUGCACAACAGCAUCUACAUACUAUCUCAGUCGGUGAGGACGCAUCGUCGGUAGCAACCGCACAGCCGGUCUCAGCUACGAAUGGUCGCAAGAAGCGGAAGUUGGAGUUGUCUUCUGCGGAGACUCAAUUGCAGGAUUCUACAGUUGAUCAGGAAACUAUCACGGAGUCUGGCGUAACUGGAGGAAGCGAAUUGUUUACGCCGGGAGAGAUAGGCGGGCAAGAUGUCGGCUGGGGUCACGCGCUGGGGUUGGACUUCAACAUGGUAGACCUACUGCAGGAGGGCAAUUUCGACAGUCUGAUGGAUUUGUUUGGGCAGCAGUAUCCGACUUUCUAG